AUGGAUUCAUUGUUUGAAGAUGUGACAGCUGUAUUAUUUUUAGUAGCUAUUAGUAGAUAUGAUCAAUGUCUGGUAGAAGAUAGAGAUGCUAAUCAAAUGCAAGAAGCAUUAAUGUUAUUUGAUUCAAUAAGUAAUUCGCAAUGUGAUAAUAAUAAAGAAAUAUAUUCACAUUUCACUGAUACUACUGAUACAAAUCAAUUAAGGCAUAUAAUGGGUAGCGUUACAG